AUGGAAGACGACACCAUAGAUCUCGCCGACGAGCAGCAGGAUUGGAGUUUUCUGGACGCGAUCUCCGGCACCAAGACAACCUCUCCCCACGACAACAACCAGAGCUUGCCCAAACGCGGCGAAAAGGACUUUGAACAGGAUGAUACAGACUACCAGCAAAAGGUGCUCCAGAGCUCGCUAGACGCCAUGUACGGCGCGCUGGGGGGCGAGAGACGACAUAAUGCCAAGAACCACGUGCGCGCCGUGUGGUUCGACGAGCUGCAAAAAGCACAGGUCGACGUGGCCCGUGGUCCUCAUUUCAAGACGAUCGGAACCUCGGAUUCCCAGGGAAAGGUCUGGCUGUACCCGGAAGAGACCAUUUACCUGCUUGAGCGAGGCAGCAUGGAGCUGUUCUGGCCCAACGGAGUGCAAAUCUCGCUGCAGGGAGCAUACGCGGUCUGCGCGGGCAAAAUGGGUGAAGAUGGAAUCGAUAAGAUCCACACUUAUUCGCAUCUGAAAAGAGCCGGUUUCGUGGUGCAAAGAGCAUACCAACAGAGCCCGCCGUCGGUUUCUGUAUCACGUGACCGACCCCUGGGCUCCUCUUCGUUUUCCUUGUUUUCGUAUUCGUGGAUCUACAGGUUCAAUGUUCACAACAUCCCGUUUCUGUGGACCCAUCCCAGACAGCUCAUUUUCGGCGUGUAUAACGACAGAGACCAGAUCUACCGGGAUCUACAGUUGGUUCAGGCCUAUAGACAUGGUGGACCUCGAAUGAGUCUCGAAACUGCGGCAGAAAACCCCUUCAAGGUCACGUACUUUGUGUGGAAGCCCCGAGCGGCAGAUUUCAAGAAAAGCAGCCCUCCUCCGCCGGAUUUCAAGAUUGUCGUUGUCAACACGGAGCGACAAAAUAUGCCCACGCUGGAGCAGACGGAACAGCUGUUUGAAGAAGCCGUGAGACGGCAUGAGAAUGGCGACGUGUUGGACCAGAGACAUAUCAUGCAGAAGCUCAAGUUUGGCAAACGGGAGAUCAUUCUGGCCAUGUUGGACUACGGAGUGAUCAAUUUCGUGACGCUGGCCGACGUUUCGUUUGCUUCAAAUCCCCUUUAUGAAGACAAACCCAAGCCGAGAAGGAAUAAUGGUAAAACGAGAGGUGGGGCGAAGAAGAGGGGUGGAAAGAGGUAG